CAAUAAUGUCGGCCUACUAACAUCACUGAAAUCUUUUUAAUUCUCUCUAUCUCUCUUUGUCAUCACAAGCAAAAUUUUGUCUUGGAUUGAAAAAACAAAAGGAGAUUAAUCAUAUGGAGGAAGAACAAGUAAGAGCAAUUAAGAUAAUAGUAUUUGGAGUAAUCUCAUGGGGUCUUGCCUUCAUUCUCACCCGGAGAAUCUUCUCUAGCUACUCAUUCAGCUUCAGCAACCGUCUUCUUUCCACGGCUCACGCGACAAUCGCUGUCACUUUAGCAACACUCUCUGUUCAAGAUUUGUCUUGCCCUGUUUGUCCCCUUGCUUCUAAGCCAUCUCCUAAACAGAUGGACGUGAUGGCGUUUUCGUUAUCGUACAUGAUCUACGAUCUUAUAUGUUGUCAUUUCGAUAAAGUGUUUAGCAUUGAUAAUGCGGUUCAUCAUUUUGUUAGCAUUCUUGGUUUUAUAGCUGGACUUGCUUACCAAAAGUCUGGAUCUGAGAUUGUGGCUACACUGUGGGUAGCAGAAAUAUCGAGUCCUUUUUUCCACCUUAGGGAGAUUCUCAAAGAGAUUGGAUACAAAGACACCAGCCUCAAUCUAGCCGCUGAUGUGUGUUUUGCCACUAUAUUCACAUUGGCGAGGAUUGUGUGUGGACCUUUUCUUGUUUACGUCAGUCUAUCAGCUGAUAAUCCCAUCUUCAUCAAGGCAAUGGGAUCAGGAUUACAACUCGUGAGCAUAUUUUGGUUCUAUAAAAUCUUCGGAAUGAUGAGAUAUAAACUUUUUAAGAAGCCAAAGUCAAACAAAAAGUCUACUUAGUUAGAGAUCAAUCCAAUUGUAAUUUUGUUUAUUUUUUAUUUGUAGUCAUUUUUAUCUAUUUUAUUAUACUAUAUUAAUAAAAAAUAAAACAAAAAAGUUUUACGUUUGUCAAUAGAAAAUUAAGACAAAGACGCUCGUCAUGGUCUUUUUUUUUUU